UUGAUGUGUAACUUGAUGCCGUUAAGAAACGGGGUCUGGAGGAAGAUAACGGGUGCUACCGCCACCAGCCGAGAAAAGAGAAAAUCUGGUCUGGGUUUAAUGUGAGGAUCAAAUGUGAUGAGAAGAACAACACAGUGUGUACGGAACUGGAGCAGCAGCAGCUAGGUUCGGAGGCCCAGCCCAAUCCGACCAGAACCGAACCCCCCGGCACCCGUCUCUCUUCAUGGAAGCUUAGUAGCUAGGCUAACUUAACGACGACAGCGUUAAUGAUGAUGGUGGUAAUGAUGAUGAUGCAGAACCUCCGCUGGAUUUAUCCCGGUAUCUCUCACUGACAUGGAGCCAGCGACGGUCCGCUGGAGCCGCUUGCCUACUAGUUAGCUACAGUCAGCUAACGGAGCCCGCCUCCCGGAUAUCGUUAGCUGAAUGGGUACAACCGCGGUGUGUCGUCGCAUUACCGGACUAUUUCAGAGCUGUGCCGGUGUUUGGGUUUGAUGUAGGGGCAUCAUGUCUGCUAGCACCACUGCUAACUUCACCGUUUAAAGGAAAUACACACGUGAUACACUUUAUCUCGCCCCUGCCUCCAGCAAAUAGCCCGGACCGCCCUUGGAUGCUUCACUGACAUUUACUUGACGGUGUGUAUCAGGAUGGCACAGCUCCUGGACGGGGCCAGCAAACUCUGCUGGCUUCUCCUCAAGGCUGUGACUCGCUUUGUGUUCAUGUUCAUCAACAACUGUGUAGCCAUACCAUCCUACUGCCUAUACCUGCUGCUGCUGCAGCCGCUGAGGAUAUGGGACAGCCCCGCUUUCUGGCACAUUGAAGGAGUCAUGUUCAAGUGGUUGCUGGCCAUGGUGUCGUCAUGGGGCUGGAUCGCAGGCUACACAGUGACAGAGUGGGGCGACGACGUCCGGCCCAUCUCUGAGGACGAAGCCAUGGUCAUUGUCAACCACCAGUCCACAGGAGACGUGUGCACACUCAUGAUGUGCCUGCAAGACAAGGGCACGGUGGUAGAGAAAAUGAUGUGGUUGAUGGACCAUGUGUUUAAAUACACAAACUUUGGCCUAGUGUCCUUGAUCCACGGGGACUUCUUCAUCAGACAGGGUAAAGCUCACCGAGACAAGCAGCUGAUCUACCUGAAGGAUCAUCUAGAGAGGUACUACCACAGCAGGGACAGGAAGUGGAUUGUGCUGUUCCCUGAAGGUGGCUUUCUGCGCAAGCGGCGGGAAACCAGCCAGUUAUUUGCCAAGAAGCGCUCGCUCCCCCACCUGACCCACGUCACGUUGCCUCGUCUCGGGGCAUCACACGUCAUUCUGAAGACCCUGUCUGCCCAGCAGGAGAAUGGCAGUGUGGGCAUGGACACGGUGACGCCUAACCAGAGAGGCAACAAACGAGGAAGCCUGCAGUGGGUUAUAGACGUGACCAUAGCCUACCCCAAAGCAAAACCAAUGGACAUCCAGACCUGGAUCUUUGGCUACAGACCUCCAACAGUCACACAUGUACACUACAGGAUGUACCCGAUAAAAGAGGUUCCUGUGGAGGCAGCGGCGCUGACCGACUGGCUCUACCAGAGGUUUGUGGAGAAGGAGGAUCUGCUGGCCCACUUCUACGACACAGGAGCCUUCCCUCCCACAGAUGGACAGAAGGGGGCAGUUUCCCGACAGAUGACCCUGGAUCCAGUGAAGCUCGUCUUCAUCCAGUCCUUUGCGUUCGUCUCUGGCUACAUCUGGUUCAGGGUCUUCCAGUUUCUCUACUGCUGUUUAUUUUGAGCGUGAUGAUUUGGUGAGAGUCUGGAUUGGACCACUGCGAAAGAAACUUAAGGAUCGCUGACGUGUGGCGCGUUGUCACACUCUCUCACACACACACACACAAACACACCAGUCCUCUCCAUGAUGGAUGGAUGGAUUUACAUUUCUACCCAUGGAGGAACUUUGCAAGGAAACAAAAGACAUUUCACGACAAAAUGUGUGCAGAUUUCACCGUCCCUCACAGUAAACAACUGCUCACAGUGUCCACCGGUUACGUUCACACCACCCUAACGUGACACGCCCACACCUGCGGUUUAGAGGGAUAACGUCUCACAUUUGUCAGGUCUGAUAUUUCCACAUGUUUUUACAUCCUCAUACAUUUAAACACAGGCACCUAGUGACCACUUUUUAGUUCAAAGUUAUUGGAAAAUGCGGCUCAGGACCUUCUCCAGAAGACCAUCUGGACCAGACUCCGUCUGUCACACCAUGGUUUUUGAGUUAACAGAACACAUGGAUACACCUGAGUGUACGCUUGUGACAAGGAGCUGAAGUCUACAAAUCCUGCCUGGAUUUUAACCUCCUCAGUGAAAGUCCACAGAACCUCCUGUGUUCAGCUCGCCGUCCAGUAGCUAGACCACACCUUGCACAGCGAGUGACCAUAAGAACGCUCCGGCUGCCCAGCCGUGGCCGCUCUUCUGGCCUGCAUUGCACUAAGGAUCCGUAACUGCCGUGACUGAAUAGUAGCUGCUGGUGUUUUAAUUUGACUUCAUUUUAUUUUAAUCCCUCAAACAUGCAUAUCACCAUGACUACAGCCACGAUUCGUUUUUUUUUUUUUUUUUUUUUUUUCUUUGUUUCCUUUUCCUCCCGUGUCUUUCUGUCCAGGCAGUAUUCAGAUCAGACUGGAAAAAGAAGCAUAGGAUCAUGUUUACACUGGCAGCCCUGCUGAAGAACUUAAAGGAGGCAGAGGCUGUGAGGGCGGGGCUUUUUUUUCCAGAGAAAAGGGAAAAAAAAGGUGAUGUUAUUCCAGCUGUCAUAAAAGAAGACAAAGGAGAAACUCUUGAGACACGCCAGGCAGGAAACGCGGUCCAAUCACCUAGAAUCUGACUGUGUGUGAGGUGGUUCUCACCCUCUGCUCUGUGCACACACACACACACUCACACGAGCACAUACGCGACUAUGUGCAGACACUGCGGAGAAGACGUUGGUCUCGAGGAUCACCUCCGUGAGAAGGAUGGAGAAGACUCUCGUUCCCCAUUGGACUCUGUAGUUUUACAAAUAUUUAAGCCAUACGCUUAGUGUUUUUUGGGGGUUGGGUGAAUAAAAAGACGUGGGGCGGGGACUCAGAAUUUUUUUUUUUUUUUAUAGAAAGCUACCCAAGUGUUCAGCAUUCAAAUCUAUAGAGAUUUUGGCUUACAGAAGUAUAGGUGUCAUUACUGUAAAUUUACAGCAUAACCUGCCUAACUUGAGUGUCUGUAUGUGUGUUUUUGUGUGCGGGUAUGUGUGUGUGAGUGUGCGUGGUCGUCGUUCUCCCUGCAGUUUUGAUAAAUAUGACUCGUGUCGUGUUGCUCCGCGACGUCAGAGUGUGGCAGCGAUUUUUUGUUUCACCACAAGUGGUCGAAUUUUAUUUCAUUUUUAAUGAAAUCACAAAACCGUCGUCCGCAUUUCAUCGUAUGUUUGAACCUUGUAGAAACAAAGCUGAGGAAGAGUUUUCAUGGUGGGAUGGACAAUAUUUCUUAAUUUAUUUUUUUUCCUUCUGGUCUAUUUCAAGUAAUUUUUCUUUUCUUUUUUUAAAUAUCUGAAUGAUUUAUGAAUGUUAGAAAAAAAAAGAAAGUUAACAUGUGUACUACACUCUUCAUUCAUUUUUGUUUUUUAAAUUUCAGAACAGGAAGUUGUUGUCUGGUUCAAGAGGCCAAGAUAUUAGAGUUAUUGUUUGUCCAACUUAUGGCGUGUGGUGUUUUCUUAUUGACCCAUGGGCCAAUUCUCAAACCAUAGACCGUAUAUAAGAAAUGAAGGCUGCUUACUGGAUGGAAACUGUUGGAGUAAAAGUGAAGCCCCAGGAAGAAGAUUGGGAGUAGCUGGACAUCUGUUAAAAAAAAUCGUUUAGAAAGUGAAGUGGGAGAUCAGGCUGGGAUUGACAGUUUGACAUUGUCCUAGAGUUAGGGUUAACCUAACCCAGUGGUUCCCAAAUUUCUUCUGAAACGCCCCCCUUUUCUUGGAGCCCUAACCCACAGGAGGCUAAAUUCAGGUUAUAAUAUUAAAAGUUUCCUCUGUAGAUCCCCCAAAAAACACAAAAUGUAUAUCCACUAGCUUAUUUAAGAUUUUUGUUAAAGGUUUUCCAUUGGACAGUUAUGUCACAUGCUCUCCCGUUGUGUCCUAGUCGUCCAUAAACCAAAACUUCAGUUCCUGAGGAGUUAUAAUAUUAAAGAAAAUUCACUUCAGUCCUCCUCGCCUCGGCUUCACUUUUGUAAACCUAUGCAGUUGGUUGGUUGGUUUCUUACACACGGUCUGUAUUUUAAAGUGAUAAAGUCAGUCACUAACCUUAUGUCUCGUCACCCACGGUGGAAACUGGCAGGGCCCUGGGCCAAUGCAGCUGUCGUCUGUCGAACGUUCUCGUGUCAUGCUUUUUGAGGUCAAUUACGUGUAAAUUGCUUAGCCUGCUUUAAUUAGAGGAAAUUAUACAGGUGCAGCAUUAAGUGUCGUUAUGAAACAAAGCAUCAGAGUUGCAGUUGAGUAGUUUUUGUCCUCUCUCCGUGCACCGACGUUGGUAGAAACUGUGUGAAAUUCAAAAACAAGGGCUACCUGACCUGGUAGGUGAAAACAUUUUAAACUAGAGUGUAACUGUGCUCCAUCUUGUGGCUCUUUCAGAUUCCCCUCCAUCGUGAGAGUGACUUUCAAUGAAGCUUUUUUUUUGUUUCCGUCUUUUAACAUUUUUAUUGGUAUAAUUUUCUGACCAUGUUUCCAAAGAAAGUGGGGAAAAUUCGAGUUUCCUGGAUGUGGUUUUAGGAAAUAAACACAAUAGGAAUUAAAACAGAUUAUACUAGAAACUGUCUGUAAUUUUCCAUUUUGUACUCCUUUAAUUCCUAGCUACACAGCCAUUUUACAACACAGAAAAACUUGUGCUGGAAUAAAACAUCAUAAAGAUCCAAA